AUGGCACCCCUCGCCCAACUCCUCACCCUCCCCUUCCUCAACCCCUCCACUCCCCCCAUCAACUCCCCCCGCACCGGCGGCGUCUUCGGCACCGGCCCCAACACAAUCCUCUCCUACUUCUACCCCCUCCCCCCCUCCGACCCCGCUCGCAUCGCCUUCUCCACCGGCUUCUGGCCACACGACCGCGCCACCGUGCCCAAGACAAUCUACGAGUGCGACCCACCCGCCUCCCAGGGCUUCGAGUCCCGGUCGUACACGUGUUUUAACAACGAGAUCGAGCUCGCGGAUAACGUGAUCGUUGUUCCCGGCGCGGAGGUGAAGGGGGCUGUUAAAGCUGGGGAGGGGGGGGUCGCAGCUGUGAAGGCAAAGGGGGAUGGUGAUAUGAAAGCGCCGGAGCGGAUUCGGGAUUACCAGCUUAAGAAGGCGAAGGAGGCGCCGAAGUGCGAUGGGCGCACGGGAGUGGCGGUUGAGGCGCUACAUUGGGGGGCGUGGCAGCAUAGUUGUUUUGAUGGGGCCAGUGAGUGGGCUAAGCGCGGGCGGGAGGUGAGGGGGGAGGUGCUGAAGGAGAGAGCGGAGAGGGGGUUUGAGAUUAAUUCGCGGAUUAGGAGGAUGUGGGAGGAGAAGAAUGGGGAGGUGAAAGUUAUGGAGGAGUCGAAGGGGGGACGGGGAGGUGGGAAGGAGAAGGCGGUUUUGGAGAGGGAGGAGAGGUUUUGGAGGGAGAGUUUUGAGGUUAGGGAGGAGGGGAGGGAGGUGGAUUGUGGGGUUGAGAGGGAGUUUGAGAAGAGGAUGAAGGGGGAGGUGUGGGGAGAGAUUGUGGAGGAGUAUAGGAGUUGGGAGAAGGGAGGGGACGAAGAGGAGGAUAACAACGAAGAGGAGGAUAACAACGACGAGAACGACGACAAAGAGGAGGAGCAAGAGCCUGAGAGGCCCAGACACAAACCCGGGAGGCCUACAGCCCAGAGACCCGAGGUCGAGAAGCCCAAAGCCAAGAGACCCGAGGUCGAGAAGCCUAAAGCCAAGAGACCCGAGGUCGAGAAGCCCAAAGCCAAGAGACCCAAAGCCCAAAACUCAAAAGCGGCAGAAACGCCAAAGGAACCCGAGAAGCCCCAGAAACAGGAGCAUCCAACCCUUGAGCUAGGAAAGUCCCACUACGACCGCCCUAACGCGAUGGGAAUGAAGGGGAAGCCAGCCAAGGUAAAGGUGAAGGGGAAAAAUGGGAAGUAUAAGGUGAAGGUGAAGGACGGACACGCAAAGAUUGGGGUGAAGGGAAAGAAUGGAGAGACGAGGGUGAAGGUUAAAAAUAAGGGGGGAAAUGUUAACGUGGAAGCUGGUUAA